CUCGACGCUCUGGUGAAUAUGGCGUGUCGCUGUACUAUACCUUCCGUUCAACGUUCGUAGAAAAAUACGCGCGGAAAACGCCGCCUAGAGUUUAAAAGUGAAAAGUUGUUUAAUGUUAUGCAUAACCUUCUAUCAUAAAUUGAGAUGCUGUCAUAGAAACUACUGAGUUCGAGAGAGAAUGGAUCUUGAAGAAGAGCUGCUAAGCAAUGGAACCAAUUACACGGAUUCAUCAAUAUCAGAACUAGAAUCUUUAGCUAUCAUCGUACCUCUCACAGUCGUCUACUCAGUAAUAUUUGUGGCCGGUGUUCUAGGAAACAUAAGCACAUGCAUCGUGAUAGCAAGAAAUAGAUCGAUGCACACAGCAACAAACUUUUAUCUCUUCAGCCUCGCUAUAUCCGACCUCCUCCUCCUUGUUUGUGGACUGCCUUUAGACUUGUACCACCUAUGGGACCCUUUGACGUUUCCUCUCGUGGAGCCUCUGUGUAUUGCAACAGGGCUGAUAUCAGAAACAUCCGCAAAUGCGACUGUAUUGACAAUCACAGCGUUCACAGUAGAACGGUAUAUAGCAAUAUGCCGUCCAUUCAUGUCACAUACAAUGUCGAAGCUAUCGCGGGCUAUAAGGUAUAUAAUAGCAAUAUGGCUGUGUGCUUUGUGUGCGGCGAUUCCUCAAGCCAUGCAGUUUGGUGUUGUAGUGUUCAGUGAGAACGGUCAACAGAUAAGUGCGUGUACAGUUAAAGGACACGGCGUUCAUGAAGUGUUUGUUAUAUCUAGUUUUGUGUUUUUCGUUGCACCGAUGUCAUUGAUAACUGUACUGUAUAUAUUGAUCGGUGCUAAGUUGCACACGUCCAGAGCGUUGCAUCUGGUCAAGAAGACGUCUUUUGAGAGUAGUGAAAGGAAUGCAUCGACGCGGUGCAGGCAUGGAGCCUCGCAGAGAAGAGUUAUUAGGAUGUUGGUUGCUGUGGCACUCUCAUUUUUUCUCUGCUGGGCUCCGUUCCACGUGCAACGAAUACUCGCAAUCUACGGCAAGAAUCUAGAGCAUCCGAGUGAAACAUUCUACAAGGUGUACAUAGUGCUAACGUAUUUAUCAGGAGUGCUCUAUUUCCUGUCCACUGCGAUCAAUCCGUUUCUCUACAACAUCAUGUCGAACAAGUUCCGGAACGCAUUUAAGAUGACUCUGUCAGUAUGGUGCAGUCGGAGGGACGGUCCUCGACUGGGUCGUACGUACAGCGCUCUACUGGCGUCCCAGCAGCAAAGAGCAGCAGCUAGAGCUGCCCAAAGGUCUCGGCAGCAUCCACGACUACUGCAACGACUGUCUACGGCGACCACACAGCUCUGUGAAGUCCCGGCGCAGUCCUACCGAAGAAAUCUCUCAAUCGUGAACGAGUCACCAAAUGGCCACUGGGUGUGGCAGAAGGGUGCCCUAAACGAGUGCUCGGAUUCAAUGACGUCACCGCGCAGUAUAUCAAAUUCAAGUUUACACGAAUACGACCAUGAUUUGAGUGGGGAAGAGCUCGCAACGUAUAUGUAUCAAGUCAACUGUAAUAUUGGCGGAAUUAUUUGAGACACAUCCGUUUAGACUGUCCGGAGCAGAUCUAAACGCAAUGCUAGCUAGAACUAUGAGUGUAAACCAAUGACUAGUAAUUAGAAAUGCUGUGAUAGAGUUAUUGUAAAUAUAGAAUUUGUAGUGUUACCAAUCAAAAUAAUUGUAUCUACCCCGCAAAUAGGCUGCAUUUAUACAGUGAUGACAGAUAUUAAUUUAUUAUAUAACUACCUAAACGCCGGUAAAGUUACUUUAUCUACACCUAUGCUUUAAAUCCUCUUUUACAGUUUCUAAAACAGUUAGCUUAUUGCCAAUAUUAAAACACCCAAUGUCCUAAUUUCCCGUUUUCAUAAUAACACUCCUUUGAGUCUUUUUUAAUGCUACCUAACUGUUUCAGAAUCUUUUAUAGAUGAUUCAUAUUAUGGGUGUAGAUAAAGUCUUGCAUGCAACUGUUGAUAAUUAGGUAUUAAAACACUCAUGUGAAACCAUCAUCGCCCACAUUCGUGUUUUAAUACCCCUGAUAACACAACAGUUGUAUAAAUAACUAUUACUUCAUCAGAAGUUUUUAGUACAAUUUGUAUGACGAAAAAUUGUUUUAAUAUAAUUAUUAUUUUAUCACGGGUGCAUUUAAAAUAUCGAUUACCAUGCCCAGUUAUUGACAUUUAUAACUGAAUCCUGACAAGCCUCGUGGUGACAAGUGGGACUAUUGCUGGCACUGCUAAAUAAGUAUUAGGAAAAUUAUUCAGUGUUUCGUUAUUAAAUAAAAAAAAAUAACUGACGUUCACUUUAAUCUUUACUAUUCGGUGGAUGAGGUAUAUGUUUGUUUAAUUGGCACUUAAGUUAACAAUAUGAUAAAUUUUUCAAAAAAUGACUGAAUUUAAUUGGAUAACAAAGUAAUUAACUAGGUAAUUCUCAUUCACGAUACAAAAUAACUUGUUUUGCAGAAAUUACUGGAAAUUAAAGAGAAAUUUUUACUUACUAUAUUUUUUAUACAAUACAAUUUUAAAUAUAUUAUUGUAUAAAUAAUAGUUUAAUUUAUGGAUUACGCUGCUAUAGAAGUCCCAUUGUAAAUUUUAAUAUCAAUUAGAUACAAUUGAAAAACUAUUGAAUUUAAAAUAAUACAACCAUUAAGUUUCAGUCCUUAUUUUUGAAUGUUAAUUAAAUAUUGGUUAUUAAAAUACCCAAUAGAAAAUGAUGUACAUAUAAAUAUAAUCAUAGAAUUAGAAGAAAUUAAAUAUAUUAUUGUUAUUAAUUAAAUUUGUUAAAAAGAAUGUUUAAUAAACGAAUCUGUCCGGAAUAAAUUGUAACUAGUCAUUAAUUUUUAUUUUAAUAAUAUUACAUGAUAUAUUAUUGUAAUGCAAAUAAUUCUAUUACUAUUGAAUGUGUGAUAGCAUAAAAUGGAAAAAAAUAUACAUAACUAUAACUGUACAUAAUAUUAAUAAAUAUUAAUAGAAGUGGGAUAUAUAAUUUGUUAUUUUUAAGUGACUUCCUUUACUUCUGGGAUUAAAUACACAAGUUUUUGUGAAUUGAUCGCAAAUAUUUGCCUAUCUGUGGAUCGACCUCCAAUCCGCGUCGCAAUAACGAAAUGGUACAUUACGAUACAAGUGCGCAAAGUAGGUCGUUCCCGCACGAGCGUAGCGAGUGCAGGAUGAAAUACAUGCGCACGAGUAUCGUUUACUAUUUUUAAUAUUAAGUUACGCAAAGUUCGACCACUAUAAUUAUUUUCAAACAUUCCUGCACGCCCAACACAUUCCCGCACACUCAGCUACUUUCCCGCACUACUCUUGUCAACGUGUGGGAAAGUAGUACUUUGCAAAUGCAAAUGCAUGCGCAAAAUCGAACUUUGCGCACGGUAAUAGGAAAAGAUUCAAAUCAUCAUUGGGCUAUCUGUAGAUAUCCUUUAUCUCUUUAGACGUUCCGUUUAUAUCGUUUAUUUGUAACAGUUCAUUUUAAAAAUUAGCCCUACACGAGUGGGAUUAUUUCGGUAUUUCGGUAACUACUUUUUACUUCGAUGCAUUUAUUGGUCUCUGGAAAUUUAAUAUAGAUUAUAUUUUUAUCAAUUUAUAAUCGAUAAAUUCGAAAUUAUUUGCAGUGACAGUGAGCGAAAAUAUUAAAGGCACGGGAUCAUUGUAUCCAUAAAUUUUUGUAUAUAAAUUAGUUGUUGGAAAAUAUCGUUGUUUUUUGAUGAAAUAGAGUUAUUGUUUGUUAAAUAAUGUUUUAGUGCAUAGCAUUCAUAUAGACUGGCUGGAUUUUAAUAAAGUUUAUGUGAAAUAGAAACUCGGAGGAAAGUCAAUAUACGACGCUUCGAAGUCGAUUUGAUUGCAUGGGUUCAUUCUAUAGAAGGCUUCUACACAUCUAUUGUACAUUGAGUUAUAGCAAACUUUCUCUAUUUGACCAGCCCUAUAUCUGUUUUGAUGUCAAUUGGAGUCCUUAAUGUUCGGGACGUCAUUGUUAUAAUAAAAUUGAGGUUUAAUAAACGUGAUUAUUACAA